AAUUAUUCAUCCCGCGCCGCGCGCACGGCCACCGGCCACCUGCGGGCCGCUGUGCUCCCAGCGCCGGGGGCCCCCCACGGCUACCCGCCCCCCAGGACGGAAAGGGGCGCGCGGUGCUCCAGCCACAGACCCAUGAGCGGCCAUGAGCCGCUGUGAAGCCGCCCGGGAGGGGGGCUGCAAGGCCCAGCGAUCUGGACACAGGCCAAGAAGUCAAGAACUGUUGAAGCCAGCGUCUCCACUCUCCUACUGACACCAGCGACCACCCAGCCCAGCCCAACCAUAUGGCUUCUUGUUUUCCUGAUGUAUGAGGACUCCGGCGGGCGCCUGAGCGAGCCCGGCAGCCGGCCACCGGGGCCAUGGCCAACACCGCCGUGCAGCUGCUGGGCUUCCUGCUCAGCUUCCUGGGCCUGGUGGGCACGCUGAUCACCACCAUCCUGCCGCACUGGCGCCGCACGGCGCACGUGGGCACCAACAUCCUGACGGCCGUGUCCUACCUGAAGGGGCUGUGGAUGGAGUGCGUGUGGCACAGCACGGGCAUCUACCAGUGCCAGAUCUACCGCUCGCUGCUGGCGCUGCCCCGCGACCUGCAGGCGGCGCGCGCGCUCAUGGUCAUCUCCUGCCUGCUCUCGGGCGUGGCCUGCGCCUGCGCCGUGGUGGGCAUGAAGUGCACGCGCUGCGCCAAGGGCACGCCCGCCAAGACCACGUUCGCCGCGCUGGGCGGCGCGCUCUUCAUCCUGGCCGGCCUGCUCUGCCUGGUGGCGGUGUCCUGGACCACCAACGACGUGGUGCAGAACUUCUACAACCCGCUGCUGCCCAGCGGCAUGAAGUUCGAGAUCGGGCAGGCCCUGUACCUCGGCUUCAUCUCCUCGUCCCUGUCGCUCAUCGGCGGCACGCUGCUCUGCCUGUCCUGCCAGGACGAGGGGCCCUCCAGGCCCUACCAGGCCCAGCCCAGGGCCGCGACGGCCACCGCGCCCGCCUACCGGCCCCCCGCCGCCUUCAAGGACAACCGGGCCCCCUCGGCCACCUCGGCCUCGCUCAGCGGGUACAGACUGAACGACUAUGUGUGAGUCCCCGGGGCCCGUCCCUCCCCGAGUCCACAGCGGCACCAGGACCCAGACUGGCUCCGAUGCAGGGUCCCGGCACAGAGUUUACUUCCGGGCUACUUUUUUGUCCAGAGGAAUUAAUAUGAGUAUGAGGCAGUGGGCUGAGAACACAGGGAAGGAAGGGAGAAUAGGAGAGGGGAGGAAAGCUCUGUAUACCAAAGACUUAAAAAAAAAAAAAAAAAAAAAACCUUUCUGUUUUUGUAUUUAUUAUGUGUAUUUAUGUGGGUGAUUUAAUAACAGCUGAAUGAAAAGCGACUUGGGAGUUGGGUCAGUGGGGUUUGUUUGCGAUACAGGAAUAAACCUCUUGGAUGUGGUUGUUAAUGAAAUGGACA